GCCAAUCACAUCAUCAUUUGGACGGGAAAUUGCCUGCCGGCUGUCAUGCUUAGUUUUCCAGGUUCUCGAACGACGAUGGCCGACCACCGGCGCUUGAUGGUGCCCGACAACUCGCGCGCGGUCGUCGAGAUCGAGCGCUCCAAGCAGGCGGCGGCGCGCGCCGUCCUCCUCGAGAAGCGCAACAUUCGCCGCAACCAAAGCAAGAUGAACCAGCGCCGGUACCGCGCCGAGCAGAAGGGCCACCUCUCGUCGCUCGAGACGCAGGUGGGCAGCCUCUCGAACGAGGUCGCGCGCCUCGAGGGCCGCCUCGAGUACCUCCAGCGCGCCGUCUCCAACCUCUACGCCGACGAGAUGAACAUCGUGUGCCAGUUCUUUGUGCACUUUGCGAAUGGGUUGCAGCUCGACGCGGGCCCGCAACACGACUUUUUGCGUACGAUCACGGCCGACAACCUCCUGUACCUUGGCCAAGCAAGUCGAACCAAGCUCAUCGAGCAGCUCGAGGGCUACUCGUGCCAGUUUGCGUCGUUUCAGAUGCAGUGCACGCUCAUCGAAGGCCUGCCCCACGCCAGCUCGGACAAGCUCCUCAAAGCCCACGCCGAGCUGCAGCUGGGCAUCACCCCCAGCACCAUCCAAGCUGUCUUCCCGCAUGUACAUCCGGACCUCGCGUCCAAGCUCACGGGCAAAAGCCUCCGCGUCUCGAUGAUGUUCGUCUUUUGCUUUGACGUCGACGGCAUCGUGUACCGUCUCGACUCGGCGGCCGAGCUCGUCGCUGCGCUGGCGCUGCUUGUCUCGAGCGUUGAAGAGGCGCUUCUCGUCCUCGAGGGCUCGCUGCUCACGGCGCAUGGCGAGAUUCUCGUGAGACGAGCAGCACCGUCGAGCACAAGUACCCCGAGGGCCCGAUGACCGCCCGAUGCGCACCAAAUCAGAUUACGGUGGCGGUACGCGAUUUGAUUGGCCUUCAGGGUAAGUUUAACGUAUUUAACCUCAAGUACGUUUAUUAUGUAAAACGGAGGUGCGAGAGGUUGCACCAGUCUAUGUGCCGCCAUUUGUCGUCUCGUUUUUGUCCAUUAUGUAAGAAAGCAAAACAUAAUAUUCAUU